AUGUCUCAUUUACAGUCCCCGGUGCACACAUACCCGAUAGCCGACAGGCCAAACAACUCACCACGAGGCAUCCAGAAGCGAAAAGCAAGAGCUCCUCCAAAACGUACACCCGCGAAAGCUGAGCUCCAGCAGGGUGCCCUCCAGAGACUACACCCGCAAUACGAGGUGAAAAGCAGCAAACCGAGGCCUGGGCUCCAGGAGAAACUGAAAAAGAAACCCCAAUGGUGCCCUCAUCGGAGACUUAAGACACAGAAAGGAAAGACAAGCUUCACCAGACAGACGACCCUGAGAGGUGUAAGACCCGAGGAGGCGACCACAAUAAGACGGCGCAAACAUCGCUGCCCCAGCCCAACACAGGAGAACACCAUGCAGCACCCAGUUAAGGGGGCAACAUACCCACUGACAAACACACCUCCGCAAGAUACAGCGGCUCGGAGCUCCCACACAUCGGAGAAAAGGCAAGUGCUACGGCAAACAACACUGGGAGAAAACACCCAGCCCCAACAAGGCAUCGGCUGA